GUAACCGCUGUGUGCUCUGACUUCCCGCAGUGCACCUACGUGUCGGUCGCGCAGGUGGCGCGGACGCACGCCGUGGUGCUGAGCCGGCCCUCCUGGCUCUGGGGUGCGGAGAUGGGCGCCAACGAGCACGGCGUCUGCAUCGGCAACGAGGCGGUGUGGGGCAGAGACGAGUUCUGCUACCGCGAAGCGCUUCUCGGCAUGGACCUCGUAAGGCUUGGACUCGAGAGAGCGGACACAGCUGAAAAGGCUCUUACUGUCAUAGUUGAUUUGCUAGAAAAAUAUGGACAGGGAGGAAAUUGUAUGGAGAGUCAAGUGGCAUUUACAUACCAUAACAGUUUUCUGAUCGCCGACAGAAAGGAAGCAUGGGUGCUGGAGACAUCAGGAAAAUACUGGGCAGCAGAAAAGGUAGAAGGAGGUGUACGGAAUAUUUCCAACCAGCUGUCUAUCACAACCAAGAUUGACAGAGAACACCCAGAAUUGAAGGAAUAUGCCAAAAGCAAGGGCUGGUGGGAUGGGGAAAAGGAAUUUGAUUUCGCUGCCACAUAUUCGUUUGUAAACACUGCCAGAAUGACCACAUCCAGAAGCCGAUAUUGCGAAGGCUAUAAACUUCUGAACAAACACAAAGGAUCUAUCACAUCUGAAGUAAUGAUGGAAAUUCUUCGUGACAAAGAGAGUGGCAUUAAUAUGGAAGGUGAAUUUAUGACAACUGGAAGCAUGGUGUCUGUACUGCCUCAGCAGCCUAAUCUGCCGUGUGUUCACUUCUUUACUGGAACUCCAGAUCCUGCAAGGUCUGUAUUCAAGCCUUUUAUUUUUGUGCCCAGUAUUACUCAGUUAUUAAAAACUAGCUCCCCUACAUUUGGUCAUGAUGAUCCAGUUAAGAAGCAACCACGUUUUCAGACUAAGCCCGAUCGAAGACAUGAGCUCUAUAAAAAACAUGAAAGUGCUGCUGUAGUUAUGGAAACUACCAAGGACCAAGGUAAACAGAUGCUGAAAGAGAUACAGGAGUUGGAGAAACGGAAGCUCAGUGAAAUGGAAUCAAUCCUGCAAAAUGGAUGUCUCGACAUGAACCAAGUGGUUAACCUUUUUUCACAGUGUGUAGAAGAAGAACUCAAAAUAUAUAGCUAA